AACUUCUUAUAAACUAAAAGUAUGCCAAAGUCUUUUCAGUUCUCCUUCCUUCUUAGCUUUCGUGUCUUGUGGUAGUAAAAAAUAUCAACGUAAAAUGGCAGAUGAACUUCCCCCAGAACAAAUUGCCGUCCUCCGCAAGGCUUUCGAAGCUUUCGACAACCAGAAAUCUGGCAGCAUCCCAUGUGACAUGGUUGCCGAUAUUCUCCGUUUGAUGGGUCAACCCUUCGACAAGAAGAUCUUGGAAGAACUCAUUGAAGAAGUUGAUGCCGACAAAUCUGGCCGUUUGGAGUUCGAAGAAUUCGUUACUUUGGCAGCCAAAUUCAUCGUUGAAGAAGAUGAUGAAGCCAUGCAAAAGGAACUGAAAGAAGCUUUCAGGUUAUACGACAAAGAAGGAAACGGCUACAUUCCCACCUCGUGCUUAAAGGAAAUCCUCAGAGAAUUGGACGACCAACUCACACAAAAAGAAUUGGACAUGAUGAUCGAGGAAAUCGACACUGACGGCUCUGGAACCGUCGAUUUCGAUGAAUUCAUGGAAAUGAUGACUGGGGAAGUUUAAACACCUUACUCUUUAAGUUUAACCUGUAUUUUUAUUUAUUUGUAAUAAUAAAUUCUUCUUAAGAUCAAGAGAAUGUUACAUAUAUUAAAAUAUUUAUUUUAAUUACAUACAUAAUUUAUAUCUUAAAUAAAUAUAAUUUUAUAAUAUUA